AUGGUGGUAUUCGUCGACAAGUGCAUAUAUUUUAAGAAAAUAGGUCAAUUGGAAGAUGUGCAGAGACGGCUUCCACAUAGUUUAGAUAGUGAUGUCCUAAUGGCCAACUGUUCCUGGGAAUAUAUAGUCCUUUGGAACAAAGACCCCGAGGUAGUAUCAAGCCUUUUACAUUCAGUAGAAUACUUGCAGUGUAUACAAAAUGCAGUACUUCAACAUGGUGUUUGCAUCAUGAUGUGGAAUAUGUUUCUUAAGAAGAAGCUGAUGACCACAGCCCAGCUGAUAGAGAAGGUGGGGAAGGCACCAAAGGACAGACUAUGCAGACGAGAUGUUGGCUUGAGUGAUAUUGGUCUAGUGAAGUUUGUUGAAACGAUGUGUGAGUUUCUCAAGACUAUGAUGCAGGUGGGCCAUCAAGAUAUAACAACCUUCUCUGUAAACAAUGCCAACUGUAACGUCAGCGAAAUCCCUAUAUUUAACAUUGAGGAUAUGUGGCAAACCAUUAAAGGACCAACCCCCCUUGCAGAGCUUGCUGUAGAUCAACGAGAGACCAACUAUGGGCUCUUACUUCACCAUUUUCACCUUACUGUUGUCCUAAAUGCAAUAUUAGAAUUCACUAUGAAGUCAGUCAAACCUAUUUCACUGUUUGAUGCAAAGGGGAAGGCUGCAUUUUUCAAGGAACUACACUCACACCCUCUUUUGCCAACUGCAAGAACUACAGACUCAAGUGUCAGAGAUAUUAGAAAGCAGUUUAUGAAACGUGUCAUUGCAAAUGCAGUGCAAACUUUACGAGAUCCAGAUGAAAAAUCUGUAGAUAAUACCUCCUUGAAAUCAAAAGAGCAGCCCCACAUAAAAUGGCCAUCAUUAAUGCAGACACUGGCAGAAGACUUUGGUCUCGACCAGGAUGAACUUACAAGACAUCAUGUGCUGGAACUGUACAGUAUAGCAGAGGAUAAACUGGCUGAAGAGAUCUUGCUUGCUGUGAGUGACAAUGCUGUGAUGGGUUCUCAGCUAUUGCUUCUAGCCGGACAGAGAGUUGCACAUUUCAUGUUAAAGUGUGAUCCUCCUGGUUGCACUGAGAUGUUAGCAAACAUGUCCCCUACACUCUCCACUUGGAUCAGACAGCUGGAUUUCUCCACACUUCACUGUGCAAAUCCUCCCCUAUCAGACACUGCAACAUUAAUGGGACACGUCGUAAAUCAAUUAGCAGAGGGACAUUCUGAAUAUAACCUGGCUAUAGCCUUAGUUGAGGUUGUACAAGGACUAAUGUAAAUGGACAUUUGAUUUUAAUUUUAUUUAUACAAUAUACAAUUACAAUAUUUGCCCUUUUCAUCUUGCCAAAACACUACGCAUUUAAUGGGUUGUGUAAAACGACUUCUAUACAUUUGGCUUUAGUAUAAAUAUUUAUUGUGAAUAACGUGCAAAAUAAAUAAUUUGAACAACUACAUGUAAGUCACAUAAUUCUACACUUA